AUGGACUCGAAACCUCGCUCAGAGAUCCCCCUUGUCAUCGCCCUCCUCACCUCCGCGGCUUCCCCCGACGUCCAGAAGGAUGCUGUCCUCAGCUUCUUUGCCUCCGACGCCGGGUUCAAACAUCCCCUUUGCGCUAUCGACCCCGCCCCCGAUUCCAGGCAGGCCAUCCUGGCAGUCUACAGGUGGUACGGUGUCCUGAGCUCGAACGUAGAUGUCGAGAUCUCCACCAUCGUAUUCGACGAGCAGAAGCUCCUCCUAUUUCUCGAUGUCACACAGCAUUUUCACGUCCGCGGCAGCCCGUUCGCUCCGCACGUGGGUCGACUCACGAUAAAGCUCCGCCUGCGGGAGGAGCUUGACGGAAAGUACUGCAUCGCCUUCCAGGAAAACUUCUUCCACCCCGACGAAGCCACCGCCCUCGUGUUCCCCCUCCUCGCGCCCGUAAUUUACGUCUUUCUCGGGCUCGCGGCCCUCUUCUACGUGAUCGCCUCGAGCACUGCUGGCUUGUUGGGAAUUUGGAGCCCUGUGAGCAAGACGCGCCGACGUGGAGGGAAGAUGUAUCUCGAAGGACAGCUACAGACCGAGAUGUGA